UUUUCCUUUCCUGGAUACCCCCGUGAUUUAAUUAGCACAACCAAAUUCCCCAUUUUCCCAUUUCUUCCCUGUCCACCGAAAUGCCCUCUCGAUUGCUUCUAGAAAUCCUCCCCUCCAGUAGUACAGGACUUUAAAUAAUAAGAGACGAAAAUGUUAUUCACUUAAUCGUAUUCUAAAAUAUUUCAUUUUAUUAGAUUGAGUUUUAAAAAAUGAAUAAUCUUUCUGCUGAACAACAAUAAUUACUUUGUUAGGUGGUGAUUUAACUAAUCCUUGUCAUAAAUAACAAUGAGGACAAAGAUGUAAAAUACCUCAAUUUUCCACUAUAAAAAAUACUAAUGUUAUCAUCUCACUUUUAUAAGAAGAAAUGUAAAAAUUGGAAAAAAAAUGGAAAUGGUUAAAUUGAAAAGGCAGGAUAAAAUUAAAGAAUCAAUUAACAGAGCAACUUUUACCCACUCUUUUUCUCCCUCAAAAAAACAAAAAAAAAAAAUAUUUAUAAUUUGCCCUCGUACGUCGAACUUUUAUAACACACUUGUUCUAUCCCGUCCAGGCUCCUGCUGCUAAUUUUUCUGCGGAUCUCCAAAAUAUUCUACAAAUUCGCAGGUUUAUUCAACCCCGAAAUUGGCAAAACUUCUCUCAGAAACAAUAUAUACAUAUACUAAUAUCACAAAACCGUAAAUUCAUCAUCCAAAUCUAAAUAAUCUCAUUGAUUGAAGUGCGAGAGAUAACGCGAUGUGGCGGUGCUUGUCCCGUGGGCUUACCACUCUUUCCAAGAGAUCUUCCUCCGGCGAGCCUCUCCGCCCGCUCGCCAACACUUCCAGAUUCUUUUCUUCCCAGAAUGCAGGAGGUGAUUACGUCAUAGUUGACCACUCGUAUGAUGCGGUGGUCGUUGGGGCUGGCGGUGCUGGGCUUAGAGCUGCUAUCGGGCUCUCCGAGCAUGGUUUCAACACGGCAUGCAUUACCAAGCUCUUCCCUACUCGUUCGCAUACCGUUGCGGCUCAGGUUAUGCCAGAUUCCAAAUAAUUUGAUUGGAUUUUGACUCGAAUGUUAUUUAUUAUUGCAUAACAUCAAAAUGAUUGGAUUUGGAAAAUUGGAAUUUGUAUUUAGCUAAUGGAUCUUGCAAAUCCUUUUGGCUCAUUCUUCUUUGGUUAUUUUGUGUGUCCCUUUAUCGAGUUUAAAUAUUUAAUUCUCAAUUGAGCCAAUGUUUGGGCUUUUAGCAUGAAUGUGAUGUGAUGUUUAUUUGUUUUUGUGUAGAUUAUCCUUCAAAGUUUAAUUAAAUUCUUUGUAGCAGCAUUUUGUAGAUGAUGGUUAGGAACUAAGAUUGGCCUUUACCGAUAGGGCAUCCACGAGCCAUUUGCUGCAUUUUUUUUUUUAUUCACUACUCUAUGGACUGACUAAAUCUUCCACCAUUCUGUUCUGUAAACUGUAAUUUGCUUUUCAAAAUUCUUGGGUGUACGAUUAUCUUCCCGAGUCUCAGGUGCAUUAAAGUUUAUGAAACUAGAAACACAAAUUUGAGUUGAAUUUAAUGUCUGUGUGAUUGAGCUGUAUCUGCAAUUCCAAUUCUAUGAGCAGUGGGAUUUUGUAACUUCAGUUAGUAUUUUAUUUAUCCAUUCGUCUUUUCUUUUCGUCUCCCCCCAUUCUUUCAAUGUGCUGUGCUCAGUCUAGCAAAAUGGAUCACAGGGUGGUAUAAAUGCUGCUUUAGGGAAUAUGACUGAAGAUGAUUGGAGAUGGCACAUGUAUGAUACGGUGAAAGGAAGUGACUGGUUAGGUGACCAAGAUGCUAUUCAGUACAUGUGCAGGGAAGCACCUAAAGCAGUUAUAGAGCUUGAAAAUUAUGGUUUACCAUUCUCUCGAACUGAAGAGGGAAAAAUUUACCAACGUGCGUUUGGAGGUCAAAGUCUAAAUUUUGGAAAAGGUGGACAAGCUUACCGCUGUGCGUGUGCUGCUGAUCGAACUGGACAUGCCAUGUUACAUACACUUUAUGGCCAAGCCAUGAAACACAAUACCCAGUUUUUUGUGGAAUACUUUGCACUGGACCUGAUAAUGAGUAGUGAUGGUGUCUGCCAAGGAGUAAUUGCUUUGAACAUGGAGGAUGGAACUCUACACCGUUUUAAUGCUGCUUCAACAAUAUUGGCCACAGGGGGAUAUGGUAGGGCAUACUUUUCUGCCACCUCUGCUCAUACUUGUACUGGUGAUGGCAAUGGUAUGGUUGCUCGUGCUGGGUUGCCUCUUCAGGACUUAGAGUUUGUCCAGUUCCACCCAACUGGGAUAUAUGGUGCUGGGUGCCUUAUAACUGAAGGAUCUCGUGGAGAAGGUGGAAUUCUUAGGAACAGUGAAGGUGAGCGUUUUAUGGAGCGGUAUGCCCCAACAGCCAAGGAUCUGGCUUCCAGAGAUGUCGUGUCAAGAUCUAUGACAAUGGAAAUCAGAGAAGGACGUGGCGUAGGACCAUUGAAGGAUCACAUCUAUCUCCACCUAAAUCACUUGCCCCCAGAAGUCCUUAAAGAAAGGCUUCCAGGAAUAUCAGAAACUGCCGCUAUUUUUGCUGGGGUAGAUGUCACAAAGGAGCCAAUUCCUGUUUUGCCUACUGUACAUUAUAAUAUGGGUGGAAUUCCCACGAAUCACCAUGGGGAGGUGGUUACCAUCAAAGGUGAUGAUCCUGAUGCUGUAGUCCCUGGCCUGUUUGCUGCUGGAGAAGCAGCCUGUGCAUCUGUUCAUGGGGCCAAUAGACUUGGGGCAAAUUCCCUUCUUGAUAUUGUUGUUUUUGGUCGGGCAUGUGCUAAUAGGGUUGCAGAGAUCCGGCGGCCUGGUGAGAAGCAGAAACCAUUAGAAAAGGAUGCUGGUCGUGGGACUAUUGAAUGGUUGCACAAGCUCCGAAAUUCCAAUGGCUCAAUGCCCACUUCAAAAAUCAGGUUGAACAUGCAAAGGGUGAUGCAGAACAAUGCUGCUGUCUUCCGCACACAGGAAACAUUAGAGGAAGGUUGUCAGUUGAUUGACCAAACAUGGGAUAGCUUUCACGAUGUCAAAUUGGCUGAUAGAAGUUUAGUCUGGAACUCCGACUUGAUUGAGACAAUCGAACUUGAAAAUCUGUUGAUUAAUGCUUGUAUCACCAUGCACUCUGCCGAAGCCAGGAAAGAAAGCAGAGGAGCACAUGCUCGCGAAGAUUUUACGGUUAGUUGGUGUCUAUUUUUAUGUCAACGUUUACAUAUCUCUUCUUGUCGUUAAUACUCACUUAUUUUUAUGUCAAAGUUUACAUUUCUCGUCUUUAUACUCACUUAUUUUUACCACAGACGAGAGAUGAUGAAAAAUGGAUGAAACACUCACUGGGGUAAGAUCUGACUCCAUACUUCAUGCACAGUGGCUAUUUGCUUGACUUAAUCUGUGUUUCUUCUUACUUUUGCCAAAAACUGAAACAAAAUCCUGAUGUUUUUGAAAUGUAGAUUCUGGGAGAAUGAGAAAGUUAGGCUGGACUACCGACCCGUCCAUAUGAACACCUUGGACGAUGAGGUUGAGUCAUUUCCACCAAAGGCUCGGGUGUAUUAGGUGAAUUUCAUUUUGAUUACUCACAGGGAUGCCAUAAAUUAUUCAAAAUUGAAAAUUUUGUAAUAAAAUUGUUGCAUUCAUAUCACAACCAAUGUGUGUUGCAACCUGAUGUAUGAAUGAAUACCUGUCGAAGCAUGAAAUCGUUUUGAUCAUACAUGACCUUUGGCCCUUGGAACUUCAAAAUUUUAUGGUCGCAUUUUUUUUGUUAUCCUGGUCUAAUCAAUGUCCCUCUUUUCUGGUUCCUUGGACCUAAUUGUACCCUCUCAAGAUAAUGCUGAGGAGACAAAUGCUUGUAUACUAUUCUAGAACCCUUGUUGAUAAGUUGAAAUGCAUGUGUACACGCAUCUCGCAAUCUAAACUAGUAGUAUUUCCCUUGUUUCACUUUCAAUUUGCAAUGAUUAGAUGAAGCUAGUUGGUGUUAUCAACUAGGCACUAUUGUUUGUCAACCCAGAGACCAAUACGAGACCCAACAGUAGUCCUUAACCAACCAAUUGUCACCUAAUACCUCACCAGUAGUGGUUGAGGGACUGGUUGCUCAAAUUAAUAGUUUUCUUAGAGGCUUUACUACGUACAAAAUAGUCAAAGUUCUUCGAGAAAACGUAAAUGAGAUGCAUAGUAUAGUUUAUAAUUUAGUGAAAU